UGACUCCGCGGCUUGAGUUCAAAAUGUAAGUUUGGGGUGGUACGUAAUCGAAGCGCCAGGAAUCGGGUCAGAAGCUGAAUUCUGUUAUCUCUCCCUCUCCCAGGAUAAUCUGAGCUCUUAUCUUCCACCAAUCAAACUCCGCCUCAGUUCGCGAAAUUCUUGCUCGUUCUGAUUAUACUGUCGGCUCUACAGGGGGGAUUAAAGUUAAUGCUUUAGCCAUCACCCGACUAUUGUUCACUCUACUGGUCAGUCAUGGAGGCUCUGGUGUUCGGGGUAGUGCUGCUGGGGGCAGCGUGGAUCGGUUUAUGUGAGGGAAUUCCUUACGAUUUGUUCUACUCCUAUGGUUACCAGUUCGGGGAUACGGUUUUAGAGCGAGGGGAUGAUGUUAGUUCCAAUGAAGUCUCCCUGGAUGUCCCGAUCGUCUACUACGAUCAGCGCUACAACAGUAUUUUUGUCAAUAAUAAUGGGCACUUAUCAUUUGAUUAUGAGGUCCCAGUGUAUCUACCCACACUGCGUCUGGGAUCUAGGUACAAGUUAAUCGCAGCGUUCCUGUCUGACAUUGAUACAUCCGCUGCAGGAAGUGUUUAUUACAGACAAACACAGGAUGAAAACUUACUGGAAAGAGCCUCCUCUGAUGUCAAAGGUCAUUUCCAAGGUUACCAGGAUUUCAAGGCCACAGGCCUCUUCAUUGCUACUUGGGAAGAUGUGGGAUAUUUUCCUGCUAAUAGCACUAAGCUAAACACAUUCCAAAUAGUUCUAGUAUCGGAUGGAUCGGAUACCUUUGCCAUACUUAAUUAUCUGGAUGGAGGCAUUAACUGGAUCACGAGUGAGGGCAAAUUAGGAGAUACAAAUAAGGACCCCCCAGGCCAAGUCGGAUUUGAUGCUGGUGAUGAGAAGAGAGCCUUUAGGAUUGGGAAAUACAGUGGAAAAAGUAACGCUGAUGAAGUAGCUACUGCCUCCAAUGUGAAGGUCCCGGGUCAAUGGAUGUUUAACAUUGGUCGAUUAAAUGGAGGGGACAUCCAGGGGCCGACAUUCAACACGGAGGACAACACCGGAGUGGUGAUCUUUGAGCCCACCCUGGGGGGUGAGACUUGCACUGAGGGAGCCAAGCAGUGCCACCUUAAUGCCAAGUGUGUGGACUACACCGGCGGAUACUGCUGUAAAUGUCUGGAUAAUUACUAUGGCAACGGGAACACUUGUCUGGAGAAUGGAGCACCUCAGAGACUCAAUGGAAAGGUGUAUGGAGAGCUGAAUGGUUACACCAUUGAUAAUCUGGACAUGCAUGUGUACAUCGUGACGAGGGACGGACGGGCCUACACUGCCAUCAGCCGGAUCCCCACCCAGCUGGAGGGAAAUAUGCGGUCCCUGGUCACCAUCGGUGGAAUCAUGGGAUGGAUGUUCGCUCUGCCCCAGCACCCAGACGCCAAGAACGGAUUCAUGCUGACCGGUGGAGUACUGAACCACACAGCUGUGAUGACCUAUCCAUCCGGGGAGCAGGCUCAGAUUACACAGCAGUUCUUUGGACAUGACACCCAAGGUCACAUGAGGCUGGAGACCCAGGUCCAGGGUAGCGUCCCCACAGUGCCCCCUAAUUCCACCAUCACCCUGGGGGACUACACUGAGGAAUACCAGCGGGUCGCACCAGGACAUUGGAAGUCAACCUCCACGAGCCGCUACGUGAUGAACGGGGUCACGCGUCAGUAUCAGCUGGAGCAGACAAUCAUGUUCACCGAGUGUCCCCACAACACAGACCCCCAGACCAGCGUCCUUCGGCUGAUGACCAGCAGGAACUACCUCAGCUUCGAGGAAUCCCAGAACAUUGUCCGCUACAUCAUCACUGGCAAAGUUGGAGUUAGUCAGUCAGGUCUGGAUCCUUGCAUAGAUGGUGCUGCUAGUUGUCACCAGUACGCUGAGUGUAUUCCUAACGGGGACAACUUUGAGUGCCAGUGUCGCACUGGUUUUAUCGGGGACGGCACAGAUUGUCAAGAUGUGAAUGAGUGUACAGACAGCCCCUGUGAUGUGAAUGCGGACUGCUACAAUUUGCCCGGCUCCUUUGAGUGUACCUGUCGAUUUGGUUUCACUGGAAAUGGUCUACAAUGUCAGCGUGAGGUGAGAUUGUGUGGAGACGAUGUUUGUCAUCCAAACGCUCGCUGUGUCUUCAACAGUGAUAUCGGGCGGCCAAUGUGUGAAUGUAACUCUGGUUACUAUGGGGAUGGAAAAAACUGCUCAACUCUAGCGUUUGAGUGUAACGAGGCCCCCGAGGUCUGUCACCAGGAUGCUCAGUGUAUCUACGACUUUCAGGAGCAGCGCUAUAAGUGUGAGUGUGGGGAGGGGUUCAGUGGGGAUGGUCUAGUGUGUCAGGCUUACAAGGACCAGUGCGACCGUUGCCAUGCCAAUGCCACCUGUGUCUUCAACAUCAACACCUUCACUCACACAUGUCAAUGUAACCCAGGGUUCACAGGGGACGGCAGAUACUGCUCUUUCAUUGAUGUCCCAACUGUCUGUCGGCUGUGUAGUGAGAACGCAGAGUGCUUGCUCGAUGUCUCCAGUCAGGAAUUUACGUGUCAGUGCCGCUCAAAUUACCGUGGUGACGGAUUUAAUUGCACUCAGGUGGAUUGCCGUACUGAGCAGAUCUGUGAUCCUAAUGCAGACUGCAUGUAUGACCCAUUCGAAUUACGGGACCUCUGUCUGUGUAGAAAUGGUUUCACAGGGGAUGGACUUACCUGUGAACCUGAGGGUUGUGAGGUCUACAAUGACUGUGAUGUCAACGCCCAGUGUCUACCUGACCCUAGGUAUACCAACAGGUACGCCUGUCGCUGUAACCAAGGAUACCGAGGGGACGGGAAACGGUGUGAACAAGAAGAGAUAUCCUGUAACCAGAUCAACAACUGUUCGCCAUUUGCCGAGUGUCUGUACAGCCUCUCUGUGGACUCCUACAGAUGUCGCUGUCGUCCUGGUUACGAUGGUGACGGAACAUCCUGUAUCCCAAGUGGUGACAAUUGCCAGAGAAACCCUUCUGUCUGUGAUGGAAAUGCAAACUGUGUCUCCAAUGGAGACAUUUACGUCUGUCAGUGCAACUCUGGUUUCCGUGGUGAUGGCAAGAUCUGCUACAGGACGAGUUCUGAGGAUUACCUGAUCCUGUCUCAGGGUAAGACUAUCAGCCGUGUCAACAUCAACCAGGAGGACGGUCCCGGGCAGCUCAUCCUGUCCCAGCCCGAUCAGCUGAUUGUUGGUGUGGACAGUGAUUGCGCUGAUGGUAGCGUAUAUUACACGGAUGUGGUAGAGGGCAGCAUUUACCAUGUGGCUGCCAACGGCUCAAACCUCAACAGGAUAGUAUCAGGGUUGAAGUCUCCCGAGGGUCUUUCCAUUGACUGGGUUUCCCGGAACAUGUACUGGACAGACUCCGAGCUGGACUGUAUAGAGGUCUCCAGGCUGAACGGAACUUCCAGGAAGAGGCUGUUUGAGAGGGAACUAGUCAACCCAAGGGCCAUAGUGGUCAGUCCACAGAGAGGGAGGAUGUACUGGACCGACUGGAAUAGAGGGACCCCCAAAAUCGAGGUGGCAAACAUGGAUGGCACCAACAGGAAGGUUUUUGUAGAGUCGGACCUACGACUUCCUAACGGCCUGACCGUCGACCUGUACUCUAGCCAGGUGUGCUGGGGAGAUGCAGGCACCAGUAAAGUGGAGUGUAUACGAGAGGAUGGAGUGGGGCGUGUUCUUCUGACCGACUCUGCACCUUAUCCCUUUGGUCUCAGUUACCAUGGGAACAACAUUUUCUGGACAGAUUGGUCACAGAAGGCGGUGAUGGAGGUUAGCCGAGGAGGAAGUCCGAGGGCGUCUCUGGAGAUCCCAGUAGGAGGAAAUGGGCGACUGUACGGACUGACUAGUGUGACGGAAUGUCCCAGGAUAAACAAUGCUUGUUCAGUAAACAACGGCGGAUGCCGAUUCCUGUGUCUUCCCACACCAAACGGAGGCAGAACUUGCUCAUGUCCUGAUGAUGUUUCAGAGGAAACGUGUAAUGAGAUAUCAGUCAUUAGAAAGAGAAAGUAAAGAGAAGGAGGAAAUGGUCACAAAAUACUCGCGCCAAAAGCAGCGAUGGACUACGUGUGAUAUGACAUGAACUCGCUGAGUGCCAAACGAACUCGUAUCUGUACAUUAGUUGUCUGAGUGUUGUAGAUGGACUCGAACUAAGAGUUAUUUAGUGAGACUCUGCAUGUGUGUUGUGUAAACAAGAGAUAGUGAGAGAUGACCACAAGUCAGACGUAGCUAGCCAGCCAUCUUCAUAUAGUUAGGGGGAAAACCCAGACGGAACUCUAUUUAGCAUGUCUAUAUUUACUGGUAGUUUUUUUUUUUUUUUUCUAUUUUGGUAAACUUUUUUAUGCUCUUACUUUGUUUAUGUAUUUCAUUGUUUAAAAUUGUUUUCUUUUUUUCAUAUGAUCAUACAUGAAUUCUUAAGAUAUGUUACAUCAAACUUAAAAUUGGCCUUAAAUCAUUUAUUUAAGCCAGCCAAGUUUAGAGCAAUUUGUUGCCUUGAUAUUGAUAUUGGUUAUAUGUACAUAUAACAUAUUGCUUCAUAUGUAUAGAAGGUACAAUAUUGUCCAGAUAAAUGGUAAAUAGCUAACAAGCUUGGAGUUACCAACUAUUGUUUAAUAAUCUCAGACAGCAGUGUCGUGUACACCAUUGUGAUUUGUUUUAGUGUAGAACGUAUAGUUUAUGAUUUGAUGUAUAAGACUGAUCCCUCUUUUCAUACUAGGAUCAUUGAUCCUUCUUUUAAUCCUAGAAUCAGUGACCAGCCUUCUGUCACAUGACCUGCCUAUCCUUCAGUGACCAAUUAUUGAAGUUUUAACAUGAUUUUUUAUUAUCUGAUGACCAAUCAUUAUUUUAAACAAAUUGACCAAUUAUAUUCGUUUUUAACAGAAUCUUUUAUUUCCCUAAUGACCAAUCAUUGAAUUUUUUGCUUAUCUUGAUAACCUAUCGGUCCUUGGCUUCCAUUGGGUACUCUGAUUUUGUAGUUCACUUUGUGCCAGUUUAUUAAUGUUUUUUGUAUGUUCCACUUUUGACCACUGCCAUAAAAUUCAAUAAAGACCUAAUAUUUCUUGAA